UCUCGCAUUAGCAAGAAAACACCAGCAGGACUUCACUUGCUUUCAACUUCACACUGACAGCAGGGUUAGCCUGUAUGACUCUUUGAGAAUUACACCUUUGGAAACCUUGAUAGGCUACCGCAGCUAUACUUCCGCUGCAUCACCACUGAAACUGAAUGUUUGUGCAUGCUAUGAAAUGAAAAUGACAGUGUCUGUGUCAAGUGCCAACAGUCAAACGGUCUAACCAGCCUCCGUCUUGAAAGAAGCUGGCUUUGGGAAUCGAUCAGAGUGCGUGCGGUAGGCAACCCACAGCGACAGUCACUACACUGCACGCUCAACAGACUGGCGGGCUGCUGCUCGGGGACUAUGGAGGAGAAAUCUAAGGAUGCCACCGCUAAAGAUCAAGAAGCCUCUCAGAGAUCGUCCUCUCAGAGAAAGAUAUGGAAGAAUUUCCCGAAACCUUUCUUAAGUCCAAAACUAGGGUCCGAGAGACGCAGUGGGGACGGCAAAAAGGAGUCCGGUUUAUGGAUGUUUAAACGAAAGAAGAAACAGGUUUUAGACCGUGUGUUCUCAUCAUCACAGCCUAAUCUCAGUUGCUCUACUCCAUCGCGCUUCGAAGGUGAUAAGACGCUCUGCGGUAAACCGGACCCGGGUAGUGCAUCGGGGCUUGCUGUGUCCCCCUUGGUCACCGCCGAUGGAGAAUCUACAAGCAGGCUACAAUUGCCCGGACAUGGAAGCCCUAAGCUCGCACUGUCUCAUUUGGUGAUGUCCCAUCAAAAGAGCUCGUCCUUGGGCUCGGCAUGCUUCGAGAAACUGGUGGUAGACUCUGGUGCCAGCAGUGAGGAUGAGAUGGGGAAACAUGCCAGUGAUUCUGGGAUUAACAUUGUGGAGCCGAGUAAUGCGGAACCCCCUCCUCCUCCACCUCCGCCUCCGCCCCCUAAGCCCAGCAUGUACCAGCUGGACAUCACCCUGAGAAAGGGCAACAACCUGGCCAUCAGGGACCGAGGAGGGACCAGUGACCCCUAUGUGAAGUUCAAGAUAGCGGGGAAGGAGGUGUUCCGCAGCAAGACCAUCCACAAGAACCUGAACCCGGUGUGGGACGAGCGGGUCUCCCUGCUAGUGGACACGCUGAGAGAGCCACUCUAUGUUAAGGUCUUCGAUUAUGACUUCGGACUGCAGGACGACUUCAUGGGUUCAGCCUACGUCUAUCUAGAAUCUCUUGAACAUCAGAGAUCCCUGGAUGUGACCCUUGACCUUAAAGACCCCCACUAUCCUGACCAUGACCUGGGCACUUUGGACCUGACCGUAUCGGUGACCCCCAAAGAAGGGGACCUCCGAGAAGCUACCAUGCUAUUGAGAAGGAGCUGGAAAAGGUCCAGUAAGUUUCAGCAUCACCAGAGCCUGCGGCUGUCAGACGUGCACCGGAAGGCGCAGCUGUGGAGGGGGAUCGUGAGCAUCAGUCUGAUCGAGGGGCGUGGCCUCCAGCCCAUGGACAACAACGGCCUCAGCGACCCCUACGUCAAGUUCAGAAUGGGCCAUCAGAAGUACAAGAGCAAGACGAUACCUAAAACCUUGAACCCCCAGUGGCGGGAACAGUUUGACUUUCACCUGUAUGAGGAACAUGGCGGCUUUAUCGACAUCACUGUGUGGGACAAAGACACGGGGAAGAAGGAUGACUUUAUGGGCAGGUGUCAGAUUGAGCUGUGUCAGAUGGCGCGGGAGCACACCCAUCGGCUGGAGCUGACGCUGGAGGAUGGCGAGGGCACACUGGUGCUGCUGGUCACUCUCACCGCCUCCGCUGCCGUCUCCAUCUCCGACCUGUCCAUCAACAUCCUGGACGACCCACAGGAACGCCACCAAAUCAUGCAGAGAUACAGCCUUCUCAAGUCCUUCCACAACAUCAAGGACGUGGGGGUCGUCCAGGUGAAGGUCAUCCGUGCCGAGGGACUCAUGGCCGCCGACGUCACCGGGAAGAGUGACCCUUUCUGUGUGGUGGAGCUUAGUAAUGACCGGCUGCAGACGCACACUGUCUACAAGAACCUCAACCCGGAGUGGAACAAGGUCUUCACCUUCAACGUGAAAGACAUCCACUCUGUGCUGGAGGUCACCGUUUACGACGAGGAUCGGGACCGGAGCGCCGACUUCCUGGGCAAAGUGGCCAUUCCACUGCUAAACAUUCACAACGGCGAGAGGAAAGCUUACGCCUUGAAAAGCAAGGAGCUGACAGGGCCAACAAAGGGGGUCAUCUUUCUGGAAAUAGACGUGAUCUAUAAUGCCAUAAAAGCCGGGAUGCAAACACUAGUGCCCAUUGAGCAGAAGUACAUUGAAGAGGAGCCCAGAGUCUCCAAACAGCUCCUGCUUCAGAACUUUAACCGUGUCCGGCGCUGCAUCAUGGUGCUCAUCAAUGCUGGCUGCUACAUCAACAGCUGCUUCGAGUGGGAGUCUCCCCAGAGGAGCAUCUGUGCCUUUGUGCUCUUUGUCCUUGUCGUGUGGAACUUUGAGCUCUACAUGAUUCCUCUAACCCUUUUGCUGCCGCUGGUUUGGAACUAUAUUCUCAUCUCCUCGGGGAAGGACACCAGGCAGGGUGAUGUGCAAGAUGUGGAGGACUUGCUGGAGGACGAAGAUGAAGACUAUGACAAAGACGACAAGGUCCCGGGGUCCGUCCGCUCUGAGGACGGCCGCUGGCCUGAAAGCCAUAUCCUCGAGGAUAUGUUGGCUUCCUGGCACUUUGAGUGGAUUCGCGUGAUGGUGGACUCGGAGAGAAAGGGCUUCAUGAACAAGCUGUACGCCAUCCAGGACGUGUGCAUCAGUGUGCAGAAUGCCCUGGAUGAAGUGGCCUCCUACGGAGAGAGGAUAAAGAACACUUUUAACUGGACCGUGCCUUUCCUGAGCUGGCUGGCCAUAGUGGCCCUGUGUGUGGCCACCUUCGUUGUCUACUUCAUUCCCCUCAGAUACCUGGUGCUGGCCUGGGGGGUGAACAAGUUCACAAAGAAGCUGCGGGACCCAUACACCAUUGACAACAACGAGCUGCUGGACUUCCUCUCCAGGGUGCCGUCGGAUGUACAAGUGGUGCAGUAUCGAGAGCUGAAACCGGAGCCCGGUCAUAGCCCAAAUAAAAGAAAGAAAAAUAACCCAGGAUAGCCGCUUUCCCGCCACCCCCGGCGCCCCCGACUCCCACGUGACCCUCCUCCUGCGGAGUCUUUCUCAGCAGCACUUUGCCAAGGAGAGGAGAGAGCAACGAAGGACGAGAAGAGCUGCAGUGGACUGAGAGAAGAGAACUUUUGUCUUCCUUUUCUCCUGUCUCCCCUCCACCUCUCUCAUCGUUUGGCCCCCUGUUUUGUACAAAUGGAAGUCAAAUUGCCGUUGUAAAACAACAGGACCACUUUUCUCUUUGUUGUCAUGAUGGCAGCUCUCAUACGGUCCAUGGUGGUUGGAUGCCACGCAACUCCACACAAUGACGUGGACAGUUUUAACAGCCAUAAUUCCAGUGGUGAGAUGCUACUUGGUCAUUGCGAGUGUUUGUUUGACUGAAGACAUCCUCACAUGCACUUGGUCUCAAUUACCAACAUGUUGGAUGCUCUGAUGUCAAUGUGUUUGAUUUGCCAUGUUCAGAUUAUAAUCAUCAGAAUACUUUUUUUUUAAAAGAUGCCAUGGAUUCUUUCUCUUUUAGAAUUCAUUUUGGUUUACAAAAACAAACAAAAAAAAAGAAUAGGCAUAACGCACUGCACUGGACUGAACAUCUGUUUUUACAUUUGACUUUGAUGAAUCUACACUAUUGUGCUGCGUGCUCUUUAUUUUGUAGUGGAGAAUGCCAGUCUUUGGUCUUUUUUGGAGCCCUGCAUGAACACAAUAGCCUUAGAGGUCCUCGUGCUCCAGCCAGCGUUGACAUUUACCGCUCAAGCGCUCCCACUCGUGUGCCAACCCCUCUGUGUGUCUCUUUGCUCUGCUCGUGGGUUAAACAGACAAAACGGCCAGUGCAGAGCCUGCCCUCUGAGAGAUGGAGAGAGAGAGAGAUGGAAAGAGAGAGAGAGAGAUUGUUACAACGGCAGCCCCCUUGUGAUGACAUAGACCCAUCGGCCGUAUUUCAGAGCCUUCAUCAGGCAUCAAACGAUGCCCCCCCCCUC